GGAGCGAUGGCCCGGGUUUGGAGCCCGCGGCCGCCGCCGCCGCCGCCGCCGCCACCGCCAGCACGUUUGGAGCAGCUGCGGCUGCAACCGGAGCGGGGGCCGGAGUCGCGGCUGGAGUGGAAGCGGCGCAUGUGAGUUGCCGAGAGUCGCCCUUGCCGAACACCUCAAACUCUGGGCGGGAGCGCUUCAGGUGGGCUGAGCCGCCGUCGCCCUUCUGCACCGCGCCACGCCGCUGGCCCAGACAGGAGGGUUGGGGUCUCCCAGGUGAAGGACUGGCGCUUGACAGGCUUAGCCCUCCGAGCCGGGUUCUAGGCCUUCCUCAGUCUCGGGCUCCUUUCAAACUCAGGGCGGAGGCCGAAGGACCGUGAUCACCCCGACCCGGGCAUUUUCUUGGCGCUUAGGCUGUGUCGGGGCUGCGAGCCCCUUAUUGCUGCCACCUCUCCAGCUAGAGAGCGACUAGCGCAUUCCCACUGUCUAGCUCUGCACCUCCCCCUCUCCUCUCAUUCAAGAACAAGUUUCUUUUCGCUCUCAGUUGGAAGUCCUGCCCUGGAAGGCCAAAACACCCAUCUGUGUGCCCUUCCCCAGUUCCUGGAGCACACUUAGAAAUAUCUACUUACUGGGAGAUAGAGGUUGCUCCCCUAUCCACCCUCUUAUCUAAUUGAAACUCCAUGCCCAGAGCCUUACCCAUUUUGAUCACCAGCUCCCUGGCCAUCUCUAUGUGACUUCCCCCACCCAUCUGAGUUCCACUUUCCUCUGGGCUCCAAUCUCUAGCCCCCAGCGGAUCUGGUCAGUCCCACCCCUGGGUGGGAGUGACCCAGGGCUCUGGCCCAGAUUCCCCACCCUGGAAGGCAGCUCCAAGGCAGCGAGAGAAUUGGGCGUCGGGUACGAACCUGGCAGCUCAGGAGUGGGUGCUCCACUCACCCCACACAAGAAGAUGAAGAAGCGCAAAGAGCUCAAUGCAUUGAUUGGUUUGGCUGGGGACAGUCGGAGAAAGAAGCCCAAGAAAGGCUCAGGCCACCGCCUUCUUCGCACUGAGCCUCCCGACUCAGACUCUGAAUCCAGCUCUGAGGAGGAAGAAGAAUUCGGUUUAGUUGGAAAUCGCUCUCGUUUCGUCAAGGGAGACUACUUACGAUGCUGCAAGAUCUGUUAUCCCCUCUGUGCUUUUGUCAUCCUUGCCGCCUGUGUUGUGGCCUGCGUUGGGUUGGUGUGGAUGCAAGUUGCCCUGAAGGAGGAUCUGGAUGCCCUCAAGGAAAAAUUUAGAACAAUGGAAUCUAAUCAGAAAAGCUCAUUCCAAGAAAUUCCCAAACUUAACGAAGAACUGCUCAGCAAACAAAAACAACUCGAGAAGAUUGAAUCUGGGGAGCUGGGAUUGAACAGAGUCUGGAUAAACAUCACAGAAAUGAAUAAGCAGAUUUCUCUGUUGACUUCUGCAGUAAACCACCUCAAAGCCAAUGUUAAGUCUGCUGCGGACUUAAUUAGCUUGCCUGCCACUGUAGAGGGACUUCAGAAGAGCGUAGCUACCAUUGGCAAUACGUUAAACAGUGUCCAUCUCGCUGUGGAGGCAGUACAGAAAACCAUGGAUGAACACAAGAAAACCAUGGACUUACUGCAGAGUGAUAUGAAUCAGCACUUCUUGAAAGAGACCAGUGGAAGCAACCAGAGCAGUCCAUCACCUUCAGCUACAUCAGAAGUUAACAAUAAAACCCACAGUGAGAAUCUGAAACAGGAUAUCCUGUACCUUCACAACUCUUUAGAGGAGGUAAACAGUGCCCUAGUGGGGUACCACAGACAGAACGAUCUUAAACUCAAGAGAAUGAAUGAGACAGUCAGGAACCUUACCCAGAGAGUCAACUGGAUAGAAACAGAUCUGGUUGCUAUGAGCAAGGUAGAAAAGCAAGCGAACCUGUCCCUCAGCAUGAUGGAUGAUAGAGCCGCCACUCUAAAAAGAGAGUCCUUGCAUCAAAUGACCAACAGAACGGAUACAUUAAAAACCCAGAGCAUAAAGAAAGAAGAUAGUUCAGAUUCUCAAGUAUCCAAGCUCAGAGAGAGACUGCAGCUGAUCAGUGCUCUCACAAACAAGCCUGAGAGCAACAGGCCACCAGACACCACCGACAAAGAGCAAGUACAGAGUUUCACAUCAAAGCCAUCAGCAUUGCCAAAAUCUCCACCGUCUUAUGGAGAUCACAUUGAGAAAACUGCCCAGCUAAGACCUAUUGCCCUACCAGGAAUUUCUAGCAUCAAAGAUCUUCAGGAUUUAUUCCACAAGACUGGCCAAGACAUGGAUGGAAAGCUGACCUACCAGGAAAUCUGGAACUCCUUAGGUUCUGCCGUGCCAGGACUAGAGACUUUGAAAGAGUUUGAUUCUGAUGGCGAUGGAAGAUAUUCAUUCCUGGAGCUAAGGGUAGCUUUAGGUGUCUAGUCUCAUCAGGCAUAUUUUAGAAAUGCUAUACACCAGGACUACCUAAUAUCUACUCACCUAACAAGAACAACUGUUUUACUUACCAAUCAAUCCUCCAGUCCUCCAAACUACUGUAGCAGACACAUUGUCACCUUUUAACUUGUUUGAAAAAGCUAUAAAAUUAUUUUUUUAAAAAAAGGCCAUUUUACUUAUGUGAUAUUCAGAAAUCUCUGAUUUCCUAAAACCAGUAAGAUCUUAAUUUAAAAAUUGCCAGAAAAAAGUCAAGCUCUCUUUUUUCCCUCUUUC